AUGCCGGAUUUUUCAUGCUUUGAUUAUCAAGCCGAUAUACACGCCAUGAUGCCAGGCCGGAUUUUGGGGUCCUGUCAUCUUAUGAUAUCCACCGACAUGCUCAUGCACAAUCUUCCGUGCCAAAUCAUGCCCAUCUGCGCCCAGCCGUGA